AACUCAUUAGCGGUUAACAUAAAUAACAUGCUUUUUAUGAAAAAUGACCAUAUUUUCCAAAACACAGCAAAAAACCUUAAUGAGAAGUAUGGCAUUGCUUUAGCUUUAUAUUUUUGCACGUCUCCUUCAAGUCUGCCUGAAUAGAAGAAGCUGGAUUCUCAAAGCUGCUUCUGCAUUCAAUUUAUUGUGACAGUACAUGUCCUCCUCUGGAGGACUUCAGGGCACACUCAUGAGAGUUUCCGUGAAAAAGGCAAAUAACAUCUUAGUAAUAUUAUGAUAAUAACUUUGACCUCAAGGCUGCCCUGAAAAGAUCUGGCGGAACCCCGGGGUCCAUAGAUCAGACUUCGAGAACAUUCGUUCUUUAGUACACCAGGUGCCUCAGAUACUGCCGGGAACAUAGGGUGCAUUCGGGAAUUACGUGUUGAAUAUUGAAAUAGUGUAUCAGGUGCCAGUUUGAAUAUAGCCAUGUGUCCAGAAUGCUGUAAUAGAUGACAAGAGCUAAGGAAGGGGAGCAUGAAGAGGGAAGGGGUUCAUUUCCAGGUCCUGGCCAAGGCCCCCGUGUCAAGCACUGGGGACUUGGCAGUGGCCGAGACAGGCCAGAUUCUGCUUGCGUGGAGCCCACAUUCUCCUGGGCGUGGGGUCAUGCACGGUCAGCCCCUCAGCUGGCUGGCACAGUCCAGCAGUCAGGUGGGGGUUAUGCUUGCAGGAUGGAACCCGCCCUGUGAGCAUCUGGGAGCCCAGUGCCAGCCAGAGGGAGUAGCAGGAGCCCUGGCAGGUAUGGGCCCAGCAUCUUGGGGGACGGCGAGGAGACCAAUAUGUCUGGAGUCUGAUGCUGACCUGACCUUUGAGCAGACGGGUUGGGGGGACAGUGGCGUGUAUUACUGCUCCGUGGUCUCGGCCCAGGACCUCCAGGGGAACAACGAGGCCUAUGCAGAGCUCAUCGUCCUGGGCAGGACCUCGGGGGUGGCAGAGCUCUUACCUGGUUUUCAGGCGGGGCCCAUGGAAGACUGGCUGUUUGUGGUCAUGGUCUGCUUGGCUGCCUUCCUCGUCUUCCUCCUCCUGGGCAUCUGCUGGUGUCAGUGCUGUCCCCACACCUGCUGCUGUUAUGUCCGGUGCCCCUGCUGCCCGGACAGGUGCUGUUGCCCGGAGGCGCUGUAUGCCGCAGGCAAAGCGGCCACCUCAGGCGUCCCAAGCAUCUACGCCCCCAGCACCUAUGCUCACCUGUCCCCUGCCAAGACCCCGCCCCCACCAGCCAUGAUUCCCAUGGGCCCCAUCUACAAUGGGUACCCUGGAGACUUCGACAGGAAUAGCUCAGUUGGCGGCCACAGCUCCCAGGUACCCCUGCUUCGUGACACAGACAGCAGUGUGACCUCUGAAGUCCGCAGUGGCUACAGGAUCCAGGCCAGCCAGCAGGAUGACUCCAUGCGGGUCCUAUACUACAUGGAGAAAGAGCUGGCCAACUUUGACCCUUCUCGACCUGGUGCCCCCAAUGGCCGUGUAGAGCGGGCCAUGAGUGAAGUUACCUCCCUCCACGAGGACGACUUGAGAUCCCGGCCUUCCCGAGGUCCUGCCCUUACCCCAAUCCGGGAUGAGGAAUGGGGUCGCCACUCCCCUCGAAGUCCCAGACGGUGGGAGCAAGAGCCCCCGGUAGAGCGGCCAGGGAGUGGCUGGGGGGCCGGGCGGCCCCGUGCCCGAUCUGUGGAUGCUCUGGAUGACCUCACCCGGCCGAGCUCUGCUGAAUCUGGGAGGAGGUCUCCCCCAAGUAGGGGGAGGAGAGGUCAAGCCUACAGACCGCCCAGAAGCCGAAGCCGAGAUGACCUCUAUGAUCAAGAUGACCCAAGGGAAUUUCCACACUCCCGGGAUUCUCACUACGAUGAUUUCAGAUCUAGAGACCGCCCUCAUGCUGACCCUAGGUCCCGCCACCACCGCUCCCGGGACCCUCGGGAGGAUGGCUCCAGGUCUGGGGACCCCCAAUAUGAUGGGCGGCUACUGGAAGAGGCCUUGAGGAAAAAGGGGCCAGCUGAGAGAAGGAGACCUUACAGGGAGGAAGAGGAGGAGGAGGCCUACUACCCUCCAGCGCCUCCCCCUUACUCUGAGACGGACUCCCAGGCCUCACGCGAGCGGAGGCUUAAGAAGAACUUGGCCCUGAGUCGGGAAAGUUUAAUCGUCUGAUCUCACUUUUUCUAUGUACCUUUUGUACUUUUUUUUUUUUUAAUUUGAGGGACUUAUUGAUGAUCUUGCCCUCCUAAGUCUAAUAAAACUUAUGAUCACAAAGCCUA